GGGCGAAGGACGAUGCUCAAAAGGCGGCGGGGAGCGGCGGCGGCAGCAGCACCGCGCCGAGCGCCCCGGCCGCCGCCAUGCGCCUCCCCGCCGCCGCCCUCUGCCUCUGCCUCCUCGGAGCCUGCCGCCUCCGCCGGGGGCUGGAGGCAGCCGCCGUGCUCGGCCCGCCGGCGGCGUCCCCCCCGCGACCCUCGGCGGCCGCGCCUUCCUCCUCCUCCUCCUCCUCCUCUUCCUCCUCCUCCUCCGUCUCCUCCUCCUCCUCCUCCUCCUCCUCCUCCUCCUCUCCGCCGCGCAACGGCACCGUGGUGCCCCACCACUACAUGGUGGCCCUCUACCAGCGCCUGGCCGCCCGCCGGGGUGCCGGCCGCCCCGCCGCCACGGUGACGGGCUUCGCGGAGCGGGGGCGCAGCGAUGCCUCCCUGUCCACCCCCGAGCAGCGGUACCUCUUUGACAUCUCCAGCCUGCCCGAGGCAGAGGAGGUGACGGGCGCGGAGCUGCGGGUCCUGCGCGCCCUCCCCGAAAACCGCAGCUUGGCCCUGUCCCCCGAAGGCACCUUCCACCACCUCCUCCUCUCCACCUGCCCCAGCCGUGACGGCGAGGAGCCCCGGCUGCUGGACUCCAGGGCUGCAGACGUUUUGGACGCGGGCUCCUCCAGAUGGGAGGUGUUUGACGUCUGGGAAGCACUGCGGGACCGCAGGGAGAGGUCUCCGUCGGGCAAGCUGCUGUGCUUCCUGCUGAGGAUCGUGUCGGAUCAGUCGGGGCGGCUCCUGCCCCCCCGGCAGCUGGGCUUCAGCAAGCCCCGGCCGCAGCCCCACGAGCGAGCCCUGCUCGUGGCCUUCUCCCGCACCCAGAGGAAGGAGAACCUCUUCAAGGAGAUCCGGGAUAAGAUCAAGGCUCUGGGCAGCCCCCCGUUCGUGGAGCCCCCUGAUCCCGGCCAGGAGGCGUACCCCAAGCGGAGGAAGAGGAGGACCGCCGCCGUCGCCGGCCGCGCCGGGGGCAGAGGCCACGGGAAGAAGGCCAAGACCCGCUGCAGCAGGAAGCCCCUGCAUGUGAACUUCAAGGAGCUGGGCUGGGACGACUGGAUCAUCGCCCCCCUGGAUUACGAGGCGUACCACUGCGAGGGGGUGUGUGACUUCCCCCUGCGCUCCCACCUGGAGCCCACCAACCACGCCAUCAUCCAGACCCUGAUGAACUCCAUGGACCCGGAGUCCACCCCCCCGAGCUGCUGCGUGCCCUCCAAGCUCAGCCCCAUCAGCAUCCUCUACAUAGACUCCGGGAACAACGUCGUUUACAAGCAGUACGAGGACAUGGUCGUGGAGACGUGCGGCUGCAGGUAGCAAUUUCUGCAGCUCUCCCCCUCCCCGCCCCGCCCGGCAGCCCCAUUUUAUAUAUAUAAAUAGAAAUAUAUAUAUAUAUAAAAUAUAUAUAUAUAUACAUACACAUCCCGGUGUGUGCCUUCCCAAAAGCCAAGCUAAGAGCCCCCUUCCCUCCCGGGGCUGCCUGGGCCGUGAGCCUAGGAGGGAUGGGGAGACCCUCCCCGCAGACAGCUUCUUUCUCAGAGUUUUGGGGUUUUCUGCCAAAUUGCCUCGGCGGAGGAAGGUGGGAGGGAUGGAGCAUUGGGUCAGCAUUGCCGUCCAGCCAUGGCAGCGGGGUGCAGGGACAGUGGGAGCUCUCUUUUUGGAGUGUAAAAGGACACAUCUUCAGUGUAUCUGGGGAGAAGCAAAGCCCCGAGUUCCCCAGGGAAGAGCCAUUUAGCUUGGCUUCUUAUUUUUCCAAAUAAUCUGGCUAUAAAAAGGGCAGGCUCCACCCCACCUUCCUCUGGCACCAAUUUUACAGCGAGCUCCAUCCCUCCCUGCCUCUCCCCACUCCCCUAAGGGAGCCUGGAUCCGCCAAAAAACAGACUUUUAACUCGCAGACAGCUGAGCUGGGUAGAGCAGGGUGCUCUGUGCUGUGCUAAGAGGACUGCAGCAUUUUGGGAACUCUGGAGCUGAGCAUAAAUCAUGCCUUCAAACCAGAGAACCUGGCAUUGGUAAAGGAGCUGUGGGAAGCCGUGAGGUCUCUGCUCUGCCUUGGUGGCUUUUGGUACCAAGCUUUGGCCUUGUGGGCUGGGUUGGCGUAGGUCAGGGAUGGGUUUGCACAGAUUUUGCUUUGGAUGAUUUGUUUUUUGCUGGUGGUCAAGCUCUUGCCUUACAAAUAUCGGUGCUCACUAGCUACAGGAGUUUGCUUUGGGGGAGAAAAAUCCCUGCUGAAUUGUUUUUUUCUUUUCUUCUUCUUUUUUUUUUUUUUUCCUGUCGAGCUCCUCAUUCUCCAGCUUAGGGGCAUCUCAAGGAGCAUGGCCAUGCCAGCAGCUUUUCUUGCCAUGGUGUUUCUGUUUUGUUUUUUUCCCACUGUGGUCACCCUGCGUGACAAGGAAGGGCUGGGGAGGGCUGGCAGGUCUCACCCCAGGUUCAACGUUAGUGCCAGCAGAAAUCACAGCAGGAGGAGGCUGGCACCACAGCAUGCACAGAGUCACUGAGCUUCCCCUAUACAACGUUUUUCAAUCCCUGUUGGUCUUCUCACUGCUCAAACUUUUUUAUUUUUAUUUUUAUUUUUCACGUUUUUGUUUCUUUUACUCCCUCCCCUUUCCUCCAAAUAUUUGUGGUGGAGGUUUGUGGGCAGUUCAAAUCCAGGCAAGAUAUAUAUACAUAUACACAUAUACACACACAGCUCCUGGCAGCCCCGCGGGCUGGUGGCUGCUGUGAGCCUCAGCCCCCUUCCUGCGGGAUGGGGAGCCGUGUUCGAGGGCACAUCAGCACCCUUGGGAGAAUAGCUGUGGCUCAGUCGCUGCAGGUUCGCAGCCUGCAUCACUGAAAUAAAUGAGAACGGGGGAGGUUUUGGAGGAGAGCACAGAGGCUGAUGCUGGUGACGAUGCUGUCUGUGGUUUUGCCCAUGCAAGAAUCAAUCACCUCUCUCUAAACUGGGCAUGUCAUUUUUGGUGGAGAUCUCUACACUGUGAUAGGUAAGGCCAGGUUCUGCUGGGGGCUUACUCUCAAGGGGGAAAGCCAUAGAAACCAUCCAGUAAAGUUGUAUUUCUGAUCAGUUGCCUCUUGCCUGAGCUGUUUUUCAAGCACAUGUAAGCAUUAUAAAUAGGAGACGAGAGGCUGAGUUUGGACAAGGGUGAAUUCAGUAGGCUCAGAGUGAUUUAAAUGGAUAAUUAUAGGUUCCCAAUCUGCAGUAUUUGUACAACCUUUCCAGGAAAAAAAAAA